AUGGCGGCACCCGCCUACGUGUUUGGCCAGAAGGUGUGGCUGUCAGCCAGGAUCUCCCCACUGCGGGUGGAAUCGCGCGGUGCGUUUGGGGCUGUCCUGUCCUGUGGUCCUGUGGAUCAUGACCCGCCCCCCCUCCUCAUGUGGACUAAAGACGGACGCAACAUCCACAGCGGCUGGCUACGGUUCCGCAUUCUCCAGCUGGGACUGCGGGUCAAGCAGGUGGAACCGGACGACGCAGGAACCUACGUGUGCAAAGCCACCAACGGAUUCGGCAGUGUCAGCGUCAACUACACACUCAUCAUCAUCGAUGACUCUGGCUCUCGCUCCCAGGGAGAGUUUCAUGAUGCAGACCCAAAUUCCAGUCCAGAGGUGUCGCCGGGGAAACUGGUGCGUCCACGCUUCACUCAGCCCUCCAAGAUCAUAGCCCAGCGAUCGAUCGGUCGGCUCCGUCCGCGGCCUGAAGUGUGCGUGAAGUGCCAGCCGCGGCCAGACAUCGUGUGGCUGAAGGAUGAGCGGCCGCUGAGCGAGCAGGAAGUGGGCGUCGGCCGCCACAGGAAGUGGACGCUCAGCCUGCGCGCGCUCACGCCGGAGCACAGUGGCCGAUACACCUGCAGAGUGUCCAACCGCGCCGGACUCAUCAAUGCCACAUACAGGCUGGAGGUUAUACCGGACUCAACUCAAAGUCGGGUCCUGAGCGGGACCCACCCGGUGAACACCACGGUGGAGGCAGGAGGCUCCACCUCCCUGCAGUGUAAAGUCCGCAGCGACGUCAAGCCCGUCAUCCAGUGGCUCAAACGGCUGGACAACGCGGCCGACGGACGAUACAACUCCACCAUAGAGGUAGGUGACCACCGGUUCGUGGUGUUGCCGACGGGGGAGGUGUGGUCUCGGCCGGACGGCUCCUACCUCAACAAGCUGCUGAUCAGCCGAGCGAAGCCGGACGACUCGGGCAUGUACAUCUGCCUUGGAGCCAACACCAUGGGCUACAGCUACCGCAGUGCCCAUCUCACCGUCCUGCCAGACUCCCGGCAGCCAAUCACACCUGUGCUGGCCCCGCCCCCGAGCGCGGUUCCGUGGCCCGUCAUCAUCGGAGUUCCCGCCGGGGUGCUCGUCAUCUUUGGCUCCGCCCUCCUGUGGCUCUGUCAGAGCAGGAAGCCACGCCCCCCUGCACCCCCGCCCUGCCACGCCCCCAAACGGCCGGCUCUCCGCGAGCGAGAGAGGGAUAGAGAGAAAGAGAGAGAGAGAGAGAGAGGGCGCUCGGAGAAGGAGGUGUUGGGCUACGAGGACCUACUGCUACUCAACCAUCAGAAACUUUACCCAAAGAUCUACACCGACGUCCACACACACACACACUCCCACACACACACCGACGUCCACACACACACACACGCACACCUGGAGAGCAAAGUGCACCAGCACCAGCACAUACACUUCCAGUGUUAA